UCGCAUUUUCUGUAGGAACAUCAGUGCAAGAAGAGACAAGCCAACCAUGCCUAAUCUUUUUACUAUCAUUGGAGUAUGGAAUAGUAAUUAAUGUAUAAUGUAUACUCGAAUGAGCAUAGAAGACAAUCAGAACAAAUGAAAUUGGGGGAUUUUUAGCGAAUGUUAAUUUAUCGUGUAAAAAGAAAGUUUCGAACCGAAUGUGACGUUUGUGCUUUGUUCAGUGAGACAGCAACAGAUAAAAACAGACAAAAUGGUCGUAAUACAAAUAUUUAUGAUGAAACUUUCUUGCACGAGAAAAGUUACGAUGUUUAUAUACCUCUUCUGGACGAGUGGGUUGAGCUUCGAGAGGGGGAGGGGGCGUGGCUGGGGGUGUGGUCUCCGUGAUCGGAGGGACCACGACACGAGGAAGAG